AUGGCUACUGCGGAAGUAGUGCCCGGCGAGGACUCCCUCAACUAUGGCCUACGCACAUCAAUGGAUGAUUCGGCAGAUCCUUUCGUCGACGAUGGCCAGUCUCGACAGUCAUUCCACGGCCACCGCUACUCCAGCUUGGUCGACCCUGAGUCCAUAGCGAUGGGCGCAAGCAUGUCCCCUUCUCAGGUCAAACGGAGCCUCAUUGCCCACCUUGCCGAAACCGAGCGACGUUUGCAUGACGCGCAAAAGUUGGGGGAGUCUCUCUUGUUGCAGCAGUCGGAGCUCAAUGAGAAGCUGCGCGAAAUGGAAGAACAACAAGGCGAGGCAGAGAUUACACCGGAGUUACGACAAAGACUGGCUGAUCUGGAAAAGGAACAUAAUGACGUUGGUAAGGAGAUUGCGCGGGCACUGCUGGGCCCAAAGUCCAGAGCUGUCAGCGGAGAAGAGAAGCCCGGCAUGGAGCAGGCCAUCUACUCCAGCCAGGCGACAGCAUCUCCUUCCAAAGUAAUGGCCCCUAGCCGGCGUCAGCGCAAUCAGCCCAGCAAUCGAGGCGAUGAUUUGCAGUUUGCGGCCGAUAUUAGUACCUCUCUCCUCGCACAGGUUCGACAGUUGCAGAGUGCCGUGGCGGAACGAGAUGAACUCUUGAAAGAGGUCAAGUCCGAACGUGACCGUCUGGAGAAAGAAGCUGCUCUUUUCUCGCAGCGCUUGCGGGCCUUGGACGAGAGCGAACAAAAGUACAAGGACGAGAACUGGAAUCUCGAAACCCAAACUCAUGAGUUGCUAGCCGCUGCCCGUGAAGCAGCCGACCGCGAAAAAAGGCUCACUGCUAGUUUGGCCGCCGCGACCGCCGAGAAAGGCCGGAUGCAGAGUGAAAUGGAUGAAGUGAGAGCCGCCCACGAAAAACUGGCGGCUGACCAUGCCACUGCCAAAAAAGCCCAUGAUUCCGAGCUGCACACCCUCAAGCGCACAAUAGAUUUGGGCGAUAGCGAGAGAUCAUCGUUACAGCACAAGAUUGACGAGUUGAUGGCACAAAACCAGGAGCUCGCCCGAGCUGUUGCUGCUCGCCUGCGCAGCGCUCAGCCGGAUGCGGUUCCUACGAAUGAAGAGCACGAAGAAGACCUGAGGGACCUUGAAUCCCUAGAACACUCACCACCCCCAUCUCCUACUAAAGCUACCCCAAGGCCCGGAGCUUUGGAAUCGGAAACAUUACGUAGUUCUCUACAUCAUGCCCAUCGGAUGAUUCAAAACCUCAAGAAUAACAUCCAUCGUGAAAAGACUGAGAAGAUUGAACUCAGACGCAUGCUUCAGGAUGCCCGAGAUGAGCUUGAGCAACGGCGCGGAGAUGGUUCCUUGGGAAGUGCAAGCAAACGCCAAAAGCCCAAACCUGACACUUUCAAGAAACCAGUACGGCCUGAUAUGCUGGGUGGCAGUCGAAGGGCCCGGACUGACGUGGAGCUUGAAGACGAUGACUGGGAAGAUCAUGCCGUCGACACGCCGAGUCGUGGGGUUAGUCACAAAUACUUGGUCGUGCCAGCUGCUGGUGAAGGCAUCACUGAUGCGAGCGAUGCGUACCAAACUGCGAAUGAGACAGAAGGCAAUUUUGAAACAGCGGACGAGAGACAUGCGACAGAGAGCGAGGAUUUCCAAACCGGUGCGGAAAGUCUGGCGGGCGACAGUACAGACGACCUUACCGAGACAGAAGAUACAGCCUCGCAUAGCCGGCGAGCAGGUUCUUCUCGUCGUCCAAGACCCAGUCUGACAUUCAAGCCUGCUGGAGAUCGUCAAUCAUUCGUGAGCACUGCUUCGGACUCUGCGGAAGAAGAGGAAGAAGCGCUCAAAACACCUGUGUUGACCCAACCUCACAAGUUCCGACUCCGAAACGGACGUCAAUCAUUCGCUCGUCAAUCAAGAGUGCCAACAGACAGCACCCCCACUAAUCUGUACUCGGACACUCUGUCUCAAGACUCCCCGGCUACGGUCAGCAGUGAGCGUAGCCUACCAGCUGCUGAGCAGAGUCUUUUUGCAGAGUUGGGCGGUCUUGACGAGACAGCGAGUUUUGGAACUCCGGGUAGGGCCAGCUUGGCCUCUGUCUCCUCUACGCCUGGUGUUCCUUCUUAUACGCCAAGUAGACAGCUUACACAGCAAGAGACACCAAAAAGUGCUCUCAAGUAUGCUAUGGUGAAUGCUGCAACCAUGACUGAUCCGUGGGAACCAGAACGAGAUCUAGCCGCUCAAAGCAGCCACGCAGAGGAACCUCUGAAGGAAGCACCUUUUCCGUCCAAAGACAGGGCGCAGUCACCAUUACCUUCUGAAUUCCCGUUGCCUCCCACAGUGCCGACCUCACCUGUGAAACAUAUCGACCACAGCACGCAGUACACUCCGCAGAGAGGAUUACAAGAAAGCCCGAUCCGGAACACUGCAUUUAUCACGCCCCCCAAAACCGUCUGGGAUGAAGCGCAGAGUCCGGAAGUGAUUCAAUCCGAGGUCGAUCCUGCAACCCAGCCCCGGACACCCACACAAUUCGAAUAUUCAGGCCUGCUAAUGCAUGAUACUACCCCAGUGUCGCCAGAAACUCCCCUUCAGCAUGUGCCACCGCAAGCCGAGCCAUUUGCUUUUUCUGCUAUUCAGUCUCAAACGACCGAACCCGUCCAAACUCCCGCCAAACCAGCGUUCAAUGGCGUCACGGCUUCAACACAAGCCGAUAAUCUUCCAGACCGUCCACAGACAGCGGAACGAGUCGUCGGGACAGGGCUCCUUGCAUCUGCUGCAGCUGCUUUGGGCUUUGCCAAAUCCAAGGACAUGCAAGCCCCCACAAUUGCAGAAGACGAAACAAGUGAGCCAGAGAGAACGAUUACAGAGCCUCUUACUGCGGAAGGUGUUCCUUUGAAAGAUGUGUCAGGCAACAAGGGUCAACCUCAUGGGACAUUCGGGUUAGAAAUGAAAAAGGGGCCACAAGAAGAACGGGCCCCACUCACCUCCAAUCAUGACCGUGGCUCUCAGACGCUACUUACUUCUGAAGCGAUUGACGAGGCUCUCCGCCCUAAGACUGCGGUUCCCAUAACACUUCCAUCAAGCGGCGAGGCAGCACAGAAUAUUACCAGCCCCCUAAGCCCGUUGACCCCAACGGAAGGAGCUCUGACGAGUGAUGCGAAUGCACCACUCACGAUUAAGCCAGCUCCAGAACUCACUGCUACAGCGCCAAUUUCAGCACCAUCUCCUAUCAAGCGACCGUCAAGUGCGUCCAGCCAGCGAGUAUCCAGCUUAACAUCACAUCCACCUCUCCCAGCUGAUCACAAGGAAGCGAUCGCUAAGGCGAGCAGCCGGGUAGCAUCGCCUACCAAAGAACUCGGCGGUUCAAGCCAAACAUCAACGGUUAUGGGCCCACCAGCUUUUCCUGCCUCAGCAAUGCGUCGGCCUCGCACUCCAGGAGAGUCUAUGCGUUCUCCCACUCGCGACAGCAAUCAACCGCGGACGUCUAAUGUCAGCCGUACCCAGCGUGGAACUGUUAAUUCCCAAAUGUCACGCCGGUCCUCGGUUUCCUCGUUCGCCUCCGAAAUAGACGAACGCUUCAAUAUGCACCAGACAGGACAAGUCUCUGCUCAUAAUUUUAGUACCGAUCCAAGAAUCAUUCAAGCCAUCACACAGACCAUGAUUGGCGAGUUCCUGUGGAAAUACACACGAAAAGCCGGGCGGUCUGAAAUGUCCGAGACCCGUCAUCGUCGGUAUUUCUGGGUGCAUCCUUACACCAAAACUCUUUACUGGUCGGAUCAGGAUCCGCAAACAGCUGGCAGGACUGAGCUGAAGGCAAAGAGCGUGCAAAUAGAAAGCGUUCAGGUCGUCCCUGACGACAAUCCCAUGCCACCGGGACUUCAUCGCAAAAGCCUCGAGGUGAUUACUCCGGGAAGACGUGUUAGGUUUACUGCGAGCACCGGCCAGAGACACGAGACCUGGUUCAAUGCGCUCAAUUAUUUAUUGCUCCGUGGUGAGGAGAACCAGUAUGGAGCCGGUGGGAAUGACAUUACUCGCGAUGACUUGGAAGAGUUCAAUGUGAACGGCGCGGGGUAUGGAGCUGCCUUGAUUCCAAGCAACAGCCGAAUGAGCCUCUCGAGCUACAAUUCUCGUACAACGCGAGGCUCGCACCGCAAUUCGGCUGCCACCCGCCAACAGCUGCCGCCCAGCUCGUUUCCAACCAGCAGCACCACACGCGUCCCUCAGGACUCCACGGCGAGCCGCGCCGCUCCAAACUCGACAGUGCGGCGCAGUCGGGCCGAACAGUCUCAAGAACCUGACAAAGACCGCACCGUUCGCGCUAGCAGCGUGAGUCGGUUUUCACGUAUGCUGGGAUCAGUGACUGGAAGGACGCCUAAAGCGAGUGAGGCGACAGUCAAUACUCCUACACGUCCUAGUGGCACAAGGAUCCCCAGCGGCACAAGGAGUGAAGGGGGCAGUAUCUAUGACGCCAGCGUGGUUAGCGAUGGGCGGAAGGAUUCUGCCGAGGAGUUGAGGAGGGAAAUGCUGAGGCAAGAGGAGGCUGCGUGGAAUGGAGGGUUGGAGAAUGUGAGGGCUUGUUGCGAUGGCAAACACGACGUCUCAACUCUCAGUCACAGCCACCGCCAUGCCUCGUCCGUUAGCCACGGGCACAGGAAUCUCGGCUUGAGCAUGAGCCUUCGAGGCUCGGUCAGGCGACGAGAUCAGUCCAGCACUCCCGGCCCUUCUGGCCCUUCAUCUGCACCAUCAGGCUUGAACGCAACGACCCCCACGAGACAAGCGGCGGCAGCCACGGCGUCAUAG